CAGCAGGGUCUGCCUAUGGCGGCUUCGUUCACCAGGAUGGACGAGCACCAGAAGGCCUCGAAGAGGAAGAUUCGGUUUCCAGUGAGGCUCGCGCGGCUGCCUUGGCUGAAAAAAUGAGAGCUCAGAGAGAAAAAGUGAAAGCCGCCGGAAGUUCGUUUUUCUUUUCGUUGAAGGAAUCGCUUGCCUCGGCAGCAGUACGCGCAGAGUUGCCAGGGAAGCCUGUUGAGCUUCCCACUUCUUUUCGGAAAGACAAAAUUAGCGGCAAGAUGGAGCGAGCAGUUGAAACACUUCGAUCAUUAAGCAAGACCUCCUCUUCUUCCUCGUCAUCUUCAAGCAAGCCUGUUGCUGAGUCUAGUAUGGCUGGCGGAAGUUCUGAAGGACAAGGCCAGGAGACCGCAACGUCAAAUCGGCUUGAAAAUGCUCUUCCGCGGAGAGAUUUUGUUGCUUCUCAACAGAACGACGACGGAGCGGGUCUGCAAACUACCGAUAUGUUUGCGGGCCUGCAAGGAGCAGCGAGCAGUUUUCUUGAGGCGGCGUACGAAAAGACGAAGGCAGAAACAGCAGCUUUCAGCGCCAGUGGCGUCGGCAGCCGAAUAUUAGGAAGCGCUGUGCCUUUAGGCAGCGCCACCAUGACAGGGUCUGCAGCUGCGUCUAGUACGACAACAGCACGGAGCCCCACAGAUAGUGCUUAUAGCAGUAGUUCACUGUCGAAAGAGGGCGCCUCAGAUGGUAAUGUCGCUGUUCCCUCCGAGCAAACAGCCACGCAGCCGCCGCCGGCCGGAGACGGUGCGAAAUUUUCCGAAAAUCCACAGCCACCUCCUCCACCUCCUCCCACGAAGAAAGAUGGCAUGCUGAAGACUUUGCAGAAUUCAUUGCUCCCUUCUAGUUCUAGCAAGAAAAUGCAGGCAAAACCUGUCGUCGAGGAAGAUGACGACGAAGAUGACACCUUCGCGAUUGAAUCCUCGGAAUCGCACAGCGACGAGGAUAGCCGCCAUGCUCCUGGAAGCAGCGGAAAGCAAACAGGUAGUACUGCUGGACCCGUGACUGCGUCAACAUGGAGCACUUCAUCUGCAGGGCAGACUGAACUAGGUUCAGUCCAGGUGUCGCCAUCGAAGAAUGACGCUAACAACGCGGAAGCUUUUGUCGGUCAGGAGAUGACUGCAGGAGCAGUGCCUUCGUCCUCCUCCUCAGCUGUUGAGGGAGCAGUGGGACCGGAGCUGAAUUUUAGUAUGGCCGAUUUCGCAUCUCUGCGAAAGGGCAGUGUCAUCGCUCGGUCGGAUAUGGAACGGUUGUUGAGGUCAUCCCUCUGCGCGAGUUUCGAGGUAACAAAAUACAGAGCACCGCCAAAGAUAACAGCAACGGCGUCUGGUGCAGCUACCGCAUCUUCCGCUCCUGGUUUCGAAAGUUCUUUAGCUUCGUCUGGUGCGAGCAUGAAUUUUGGCGGAGCCAGUGCUUCUGCAACACGUAACUCCUCAUCCUCUGGAGGAGCACUCUCAUGGUGGCAACGAACCAAGAAGAAUAUUCAAGAAACAACUAAAGUCGCGACCUCAGUCGCACAAGGCUUGGUUCAGGGAGACCCCUUGUCCUUUCAUGAGAAGCGACCCAGGACGCUCAUCCUCUGCCUGAAUUACAUGGUGGUACCUACUUAUUCUUAUGUAGAUAAACAAACUAGAGGCGCUUAUUCGACGCACCUGUGAAAAUGAAAUUUGUAGCAAAAGGCUGAUUUCCUUCUGUCGCCUUUUUAUAAAUUCUUGUCCUGAACAUCGCUUCAGCUCGUUUCGCCACUGGAGAAUAACGGGCAUUACGUGGUGCAUAGUUGUCGGCGCAUAAAUGCAAUUCGGCGGCUGUCAUUCGAAGAAGAUAGGCCAAACCGCGUUCAGGUCGAAUACAAAGACAAGGCGAUCAUCAAUAUCUAUCACAUUCCAAAGAGGCAGGAGUUCAUGAACCAUCUUCAGACGCAACUCAUGGCUCUCAAUAUCGGAAUGAAGAGUGUGGCGUGAUUCCAGCUAAAGUGGACUAUGCGCUUUUGUGGUGAACGUUUUGUCCUAAUUAAUCGGCGAUUCCGUUGCACAUGCACAACCACACCUUGUGGGCGAACGUGAACCUACUAGGGACACUGUGUUUCUCGUAGAACAAUGCCUGAAACAAAAGUGUACGGAAAACGAUAAAAAGAUCGAGACGGG